AGAUUGGCAGGCCCGGAGUCCCGCCUCUUCCGGUUCCCAGGCCUGACCUUCCUGCCGCUGGGCCGUGCGCCGAGCCGACAUUGAGGCGUCCUCGCGAUUCGACUCGACGCGUCCGCUCUCGCGACAUCAUGGUGGCAUACUGGCGACAGGCUGGACUCAGCUAUAUCCGAUACUCCCAGAUCUGUGCAAAAGCAGUGAGAGAUGCACUGAAGGCAGAGUUCAAAGCAAAUGCUGAGAAGACUUCCAGCAGCACCGUAAAAAUUGUGAAAGUGAAAAAGGAGUAAUCUUUAGUACGCGGACGUGCACACAAGGUCUACGCGAUUCACUAGUGGAUGCUGACUCACACUUGCCUCGGCUGCAAGCUCCCCAAGUACCAGUUAGUCACCUGGCUUUUCGGGAAGCCAGCGAGCACCAGGAGGUAGGAUGCUGGGCAGCGCACAUGACAGAAGCUGGGGUAUGACUCUUAGCGAGGGUGCCAAGCAAGGGUUCCAGCGUGCUCAUCGGUGCCACGAAAGGGUGGAGAGUGGACGCGCCGCGGUAGCCAUGCACGCGGGUGGCCUCGAGGGUAGUCUGGAGGCCUGGCCCAGCGCUGGGCCUGCAGCAACUGCCCGAUCGACAUUUCUCAACAAAGGCGGUGGGCCUCACGAUAACUUCACUUUGCCACUGAAGACCGGGUCAUAGAGUGCGCAGUGAGUAGCAGAGUCUUGAAGGCUAGUGAAUGCCCGCGGAAGGCCCCAGCGCCCCCACUCCCGCCCGGGCCCCCGUCCCCGCGGCUGUGCGUGCGUGCGGACACCGGGCGGCUGCGGCGCGGCCCGUGGGCAGCGGGCGGGCGGGACGGCAGGGCGGCGGGAGGGGGGCUGCGGCCGAGCUCACGCGGCCCCGCGAGGUUCGUGCGGCCCAUCUUCCGGUUCCACUUCUGCCUCGCCCACGACCUCUCCGUCCUCCUCCCGAACCGCUCUGGCGUCUUGCAGUUGCUGGUACUCGGCCACCAGAUCGUGGAUGCUGCUCUCGGCCUCGGCAAACUCGCCGACGUCCAUGCCUUCGCUGGUGUACCAGUGCACGAACGCCCUCCUCCGGAACAUGGCCGAGAAGUGCUCCGCCACGCGGCCGAAGAGCCCCUGCACGGCCGUGCUGUUGCCGAUGAAGGUGGCGGCCAUGCUCAGCCCCGGGGGCGGGAUGUCGCAGACGGCCACCUUGACGUUGUUGGGGAUCCACUCCACGAAGCAGCUGCUGUGCCGCGUCUGCACGCCGAGCAUCUGCUCGUCCACCUCCUUGGUGGACAUGCGGCCCCGGAAGAUGCAGGCCACGGUCAGGUAGCGGCCGCGGCGCGGGUCGCAGGCGGCCAUGGCGUUGCGCGCGUCGAACACCUGCUGCGUGAGCUCGGCCACGGUGAGCGCGCGGUACUGCUGGCCGCCGCGGCUGGUGAGCGGCGCGAAGCCGGGCGUGAAGAAGUGCAGGCGCGGGAAGGGCACCAUGUUCACGGCCAGCUUGCGCAGGUCGGCGUUCAGCUGGCCCGGGAAGCGCAGGGACGUGGUGACGCCGCUCACGGUCAGGGACACCAGGUGGUUGAGGUCGCCGUAGCUGGGCGCGGCCAGCUUGAGCGUGCGCAGGCAGAUGUCGUAGAGCGCCUCGUUGUCGAUGCAGAAGCAGGCGUCGGCGUGCUGCGCCAGCUGCUGCAGGGACAGCACGGCGUUGUAGGGCUCCACCACCGUGUCGGACACCUUGGGCGAGGGCAGGACGCUGAAGGCGUUCAGGAUGCGGUCGGGGAAGUCGUCGCGGAUGCGGCUCAGCAGCAGCGUGCCCAUGCCCGCGCCCGUGCCGCCGCCCAGCGAGUGCACCAGCUGGAAGCCCUGCAGGCAGUCGCAGGCCUCGCUGGCGCUGCGCACGGCCUCCAGCACGCUCUCGGCCAGCUCGGCGCCCUCCGUGUAGUGGCCCUUGGCCCAGUUGUUGCCGGCCCCCGAGUUACCUGCGCGGACGGACGCCGGUUAGCGGGCUGUCCCGGUGGGGGCGGGAGGCAGGGCACCACUAGGACGCACCCUCACCUCGGCCCCCCGGGGCGUGGGGUGGACACCGCUGCAGGAACACCUACCGUAGAUGAAGCUGUCCGGGUGAAAGAGAGCUCCCAAUUUGCUGGAUCGGAUGCUGUCCAUCGUCCCGGGCUCCAGGUCCACCAGCAGCGCCCGGGGCACAUAUUUCUUACCUGCGUAGAAAAAUAGGAAGAAGUCAGCAAACUGUUGUUUUUCUAAAAGUUAAUGUUUCAUCAAAAUAGAACCUUGUGAUACCCGUCAGGAAAAAGGUAUUUCUAGAAGAAAGACAUUUGAAGUAAUAUUCUUGACCCCAACAAGUGCAUACAUCUAUAAAAUACCUUCGAAAUCCUUUUUCCAUCAUUUUCUGUGUUGUUUUGUUGUCUCGUCAAUGACAGAGAUCCUGCCCCUACUGGAAGCGAUUCUGGUUUUCAUUUAAGAACUAAACAGGAGGGCGCCUGGGUGGCUCAGUCGUUAAGCGUCUGCCUUCGGCUCAGGUCAUGAUCCCAGGGUCCUGGGAUCGAGUCCCACAUCGGGCUCCCUGCUCAGCAGGAAGCCUGCUUCUCCCUCUCCCACUCCCCCUGCUUGUGUUCCUGCUCUCUCUCUCUCUCUCUC